AUGGCUACAAGCUCAAGAGCCAUAGCACUGAUUUGCAUUCUUGGUUCUCUUUUCAUGGUUACCUCUGCUCAGAGAUGCUUGAGCCACACUUUCACAUCGAACAGAGUCUUCAGUUCUUGCGCAGAUCUUCCAUAUUUACAGGCUCAUCUCCACUGGAACUAUGUUCCAUCCACUCGAAAAGCUGAGAUUGCAUUCAGAGUCAGCCAAGCUUCAGAAGGAUGGAUUGCGUGGGCAAUCAAUCCAACCAGCACAGGCAUGGCUGGAUCACAGGCACUCGUGGCUUUCCACAACUCUAAUGGAAGUAUGACUGCUUAUCCAACACCAAUAACCAGUUACAGCCCCUCAAUGCUCCCAGGAGCUCUUAGCUUUCAGGUAUCAAAUCUAUCUGCAGAAUACAUAGAAGAUGAGAUGACCAUCUUCGCUAUUGUUGGCCCACUGGAUCAUGCAACUAGCCUUAGUCACGUCUGGCAAGCUGGAAGCUCUGUGUCGAGCAAUAUUCCUAAUAUGCAUGCAACAUCUGGGGAGCAUCUCCAAUCAAUGGGAAAACUAAAUUUUCUGUCCGGUUAG